AGUUAAAGUUGAGAGAGAGAGAGAGAGAGAGAGAGAGAGAUUUAGCAUUCCAAAAUCCUAUGUUUAUUAAUUUAUAGCUUCACAUCCAACUCUUGCCGUCUCUUCUUCUUCCUUCUUCUUCUUUGUCUGGUUCUUGAUUUGCACUCCCUCUCUUUCUGGUCCUCUGUUUCCUGAUUUCAGUGUGUCUGAGAUUUAUUGACAGAUCAAGUUUGUUCUUUUAGCAUAUUUUGAGGCUUAUUCUCGAAACCCAACAAUUCUCUUUCUUCUUACAUGUCUUGUUAUUGUCUCUUUUAGAUAUUUCAAACCCCUCUUUUGUCUUUGUCUCAUCAAAUGGUUUCUGUCAUGUAGAGAGAGAGAGAGAGAGAGAGGUUAGUUUCGAAAUCUCGACAGGAUAUGAUCAGAAGAAGCGCUUUAUUAUCUCCACAGUACCAACAAGAAGACCGAAAUCGAGACCACGAUCUCAUCUAGCGCACGGGAUAACAUAAACAGACAAAUAUCUUUCAGAAAUCAACAAGAAAUUGGGGGUUCGAUCGAUCAUGAACAAGAGCAAUCCGGGUCCGGUCACCGGGUCGGAUCUCGAUGCCAAGAUCGAAGAACACCAGCUUUGUGGAUCCAAGAAGUGCCCUAGUUGCGGCCACAAGCUCGAUGGCAAACCGGAUUGGGUUGGUUUACCGGCUGGGGUGAAAUUUGACCCGACGGAUCAAGAACUGAUAGAACAUCUCGGAGCCAAAGUCUUGGCUAAAGACACGAAGUCCCACCCUCUCAUUGACGAAUUCAUCCCCACCAUUGAAGGCGAAGACGGCAUUUGUUACACCCAUCCCGAGAAACUCCCCGGAGUGACGAGAGACGGGUUGAGCAGACAUUUCUUCCACAGGCCGUCAAAGGCGUACACAACGGGGACAAGAAAACGGAGAAAGAUCCAAAACGAAUGCGACAUACAAGGAUCGGGAGAGACAAGGUGGCACAAGACUGGCAAGACAAGACCGGUCAUGAUUAACGGCAAGCAAAAGGGUUGUAAGAAGAUCUUGGUUCUCUACACCAACUUUGGAAAAAACCGGAAACCCGAGAAGACCAACUGGGUGAUGCAUCAGUACCAUCUAGGGACACACGAGGAAGAGAGAGAAGGAGAGCUCGUCGUGUCAAAGAUCUUCUACCAAACGCAGCCUAGACAAUGCAACUGGUCGUCGGAGAAAAGCUUGAACGUCGCCGGAGAAGGAAGCAGCACCGAACAUGCCGGCGCUACUGCCAUAAGGAGAGAUCACAGUGGAACUAGUGGAAGUUGUUCUUCUAGGGAGGUUGUUACUGUUAAUCCUCAGAUGGGUCGGUCCGCUGAAAUCGCUACACCUCAUCAUGUUGCCACGGCUGCUGCUGGCCUUCCCAGUUACUCCAUGGAUCAACUCGGCUUUGUCCCCUUUAGGAAGAGUUUUGACGAGGUGGGAAGGGAAGCCCCUACGCAUGCCACUUGCGAUGACGUGCCUGAGCAACAUCAUCAUCAUCAUCAUCAUGGAUCAUCGUCAUCGUCAUCACAUCACAUUGCACAUGAUCAUCAUCAACAUCAACAUCGACAUCAAGUAGUGGCCAGUGCUGCUGCUGCAUUCCACAUUAGCCAGCCUACUCAUCCAGUAGUAUCCACCAUCAUCUCUCCAUCUUCUUCACUGCACCAUACUUCCAUCAACAUCGUCGAGGAGAGUCCUUACCAUAUCCCUAGAAUCUUGCUCUCGAAUGAAACUUUUCAGACACAAGAAGAACAUGAUCAGCAGCAACAUCAUGGGAAGAUGGGAGGGAGGUCAACGUCCGGAUUGGAGGAACUCAUAAUGGGAUGCUCUUCCUCUGCUUCUCAUCAUCAUGUAAAAGAUCAGGACUCAUCAAUGGAAACCCCACAAGAAGCCGAGUGGUUGAAGUAUUCGUCCUUUUGGCCGGCCCCGGACUCUGACAACCAAGAUCAUCAUGGGUAGGUAUGCCAUUUUCAAUCCAUGACAACAAAACAAAAGUGAAAAAGAUGUUGCAUCAUCAUAUAUCAUUGGCAUGAUGAUGAUGAUCAUUAUCAUCACUAUAUCAUCCACGAAAAUUGUGUCUUUUGGAAACGGGGGUUUGGAGAAAUCAUACGGCGAUCCGGUCUAUUAUGGAAUAUCCCACACUCGCAUCAAUCUUGUCCGGUCGGGGAGAGAGAGAGAGAGAGAGAGAGAGAGAGAGAGAGAGAGAGAGAGGAAAGAGGAGAAAAAGAAGUAUGGGAAAAGCUGUUUAUAUUCCUAUAGACAAAGUGGAAGGGAGAACCAAAGAAGCUCAAAGCCAUCCCAACAUCUUUGCAUGAAAAUUAUCAACAGUACCUUAUAUAAUUAGAUAUAUAAUAUACAUAUAUGUAUAUGCGUAUACAUCACCUUUGUACUCACGAAUAUUACAAUUAAGCAAUUCUUUUCUUCAUUGCGUCGAGUUGUUUUCAUGUCUGAAGUAUAAUUCCUUUGAUUUGCAUAUUUUACACAUCAUCUUGUUGUCGGUU